UCGGCAGAUUCAGUCAGAGGCAGCGUGCGGACCCUGCUUUACCAAGCACAGCGGAGCCUGGUCCCCGGCUGUCCCCGGAGCGGGCCAUGCCCCCGCGGGAGCUAAGCGAGGCCGAGUCGUCCCCGCUCCGGGCCCCGACCCCUCCGUCGCGGCGGGGCAGCGCGUCCCCAGAGCUGGGCAUCAAGUGCGUGCUGGUGGGAGACGGCGCCGUGGGCAAGAGCAGCCUCAUCGUCAGCUACACCUGCAAUGGGUACCCCGCGCGCUACCGGCCCACAGCGCUGGACACCUUCUCCGUGCAAGUCCUGGUUGACGGAGCCCCGGUGCGCAUUGAGCUCUGGGACACAGCGGGACAGGAAGACUUUGAUUGCCUUCGCUCCCUCUGCUACCCGGACACGGAUGUCUUCCUGGCCUGCUUCAGUGUGGUGCAGCCCAGCUCCUUCCAAAACAUCACAGAGAAAUGGCUGCCAGAGAUCCGCACUCACAACCCCCAGGCGCCCGUGCUGCUGGUGGGCACGCAGGCCGACCUGAGGGACGAUGUCAAUGUACUAAUUCAGCUGGACCAGGGAGGCCGGAAAGGCCCCGUGCCUCAACCCCAGGCUCAGGGCCUGGCCGAGAAGAUCCGGGCCUGCUGCUACCUGGAGUGCUCUGCCUUGACGCAGAAGAACUUGAAGGAGGUGUUUGACUUGGCCAUUCUCAGUGCCAUUGAGCACAAAGCCCGGCUGGAGAAGAAACUGAACGCCAAAGGUGUGCGCACCCUCUCCCGCUGCCGCUGGAAGAAGUUCUUCUGCUUUGUUUGAAGAGCUGUGGCAGCAAAAUGAUCAGUAGGCCAAUGGCCACAGACUUCUAGAACCUGGGGCACGGGGCCUUUGAGGGACCUGCUGGCAGGACCAGGUCACCCCCAUGGGACUCAGUUCCCAUGUGAACACUGUGGCAACACAGCCUCCAACUGCCCACUCUUACUUGCCAGGGUGAGCCUAGGGCCUGGAGGAGGGAAGGCUCUGACUUGGAUUUCUUUGGAUUUCUCAAGUACAGAGAAAUCCCAGUACUUUGAUUUUCAUGGCACGAUCCUAACAGUGUCAGCUGCCCCCAGGCAGUUUGGGAUCCAAUACCCAGUUUCUUAUCAUGGGCCCUCAGGUCAAUCUGGCUGAAUUAGGACCACUCCUGGUGGUCCCCACCCGCUCCUUGGCACAGGGGUGAGGAAGAGCCUGGGAACAGCUGAGCAUCUUGAAGGGCUGGAAGGCAUCCGGCCCUGAACUGGAGAGAAGUUUAGGAUGGAUUGGGUAAGUCAGAGGUCAGUGAGAGAUUAAGAGGGAUCCGAAAGUUAAGGCUUGGAGCCUUGGGACUGGAGGCAGGCUGGGGAGGAGGAGGCAGAUGAGAGGGCUAGGCUUGGAAGGAAGAAGAGCAGAGAAGUGGGGCAGCUGAGGAGCAAGGCUGCCACCUGGGCUGUCCUCAACCCCCAAGGCCAGGGAGGGUAGGGCUGGUCCCUGGGAAGAGCUGGGUCUCAGUGCUCCCUAGGCACUGCCCAAACUGGCUAGGCCAGAAGUGGGGCAGGAAGUGAGAGACAAGGCCCAGCAAGAGGAGGGGGAGGAGCUGCAAAUUGGAGCCUGAAGGAAGAAGGGGCUUUCUCCCAGGUCACAACCUAGAAGAUAAGGCAGU